AUGGCCGAGGAGAAGACCUUUCGCUACGGGUUCAUCAUCCUGGGAUUCUUCCUGGUGAUGACAGGGAUGUUCAUCAUGAGUGUGGAGAAGCCCCAGAUCUACAUCACCUUCUGUGCCCUGGGUGUGCUGCUGGUGGCUGUGGGCAUCACCUGGAGCAUGUGCCAGUGCUACCCGAAGAUAACCUUCAUCCCUGUGGACCUCGAGGCUGAGCGGUUCCUGGAGCACAAACCCAUCGUGCUGCUGGACAAGGACACCCGCUUGCUCGCAUCCUGCACCAAGCAAGAGGCCAGCAGUGCCUAUGAGAGAAGCCUGCCCUCCUAUGAGCAGGUCCAGAGCCAGGGGGUGGGCUCGGCCCUGCUCCCCCCUGCCCCACACAGAGCCCGCUCCUGCUCCCAGCUGGCCCUGCAGGCCAGAGCAGAGGUGCACCAGGAGCUGGGGGGCACCGGUGAGCCCCCCAAAGAGCUGUCCCCUCGGCUGGAAGCAGCAUCCAGCAGCUGCCCAUCCCGGCCGGCGCUGGGGCCCGCACCGCUGGCAUCCCUCCUGGAGGACAUGGACACGCCAUCACUGGAGGGCUCCGUGCCCAGCAGCCCCGUGCCACGGGGCAGGACCCCACCAUCCACCCGCUCUGGCUGCACCCCGGUGGGGGCACAGCACCCCCAUAAAGGCACAGCAGAGGAGGAUGACCUCUAUUAUGGGCUCCCGGAGGAGCCGGAUGCUCUGCUCAAGGAUAACGAUUGCCUUUUUGAGCCUGAAAACUGA